UUCUAUUGACCACCUCCCACGUCCCCCUUUUUUAUACACACAUCUCAUUUUCUAUUCUCAGAUUCUUCCAUUUCCUUCUUCACUCUCCACCUCUUCUAACCACACCAACAAACCUACAAGUCAAACCCCCCUCCAAACCCCCGCCGGAGAAAUGACCACCUACGGCACCAUUCCCACCUCUUCCUCCGCCGGCCCCUCCUCCAACCUCGACUACAUCACCCGCGCCAAAGAACGCAUCAAAGCCGGCCUCGGCUCCCGCCAUCCAUGGAAACUCAUGUUCGAUUUCCACGCCAUCAAGUUGCCGUCAAACUUCCACGAAGCUCUCGUCAGAAUGAAAAUUAACGUCUCUUAUUUCCGCAUGAACUACGCCAUCAUCGUCUUGUUGAUAUUGUUUUUGAGUCUCUUGUGGCACCCCAUCUCGUUGAUUGUGUUCAUCAUCAUGAUGGCUGCAUGGUUAUUUCUUUAUUUCUUGCGCGACGAGCCCCUGGUGGUUUUCGGCCGCACGAUUGAUGAUCGUGUGGUGCUGAUCGUCAUGUCGGUGCUCACUCUCGUCUUCCUGUUCUUGACUAGCGCAACGGAGAAUAUCUUGGUGGCGCUGCUUAUAGGGGUGGUGUUUGUGGUUUUGCACGCGGCGUUGAGGAAGACGGACGAUUUGUUCUUGGAUGAAGAGGCUACUGGGUUGAUGACGACGACGUCGGCGGCUUCAGCGGGAUCUUCUCCUUCGUAAUCUUUGUUCAUUGUUUAAUUUUAUUUGGUUUUUUAAAUUUAAUUUUGGGUUUUAAUUGAUGUGAGCAAUUGGAAUUUGAUUUUUAAUUUUUGUUUUUGUUUUCAAAAAGUUGUUGUGGGUUUGGUUUUGAAAGUGAACUUGGAGGAGCAGGGAACCAAUUUGGUUUGAAGGGUAGAUGGAUGAUGAUGAACAAAAUUCUUGGUAGAGUUAAUUGCUUUUAAUUUAUUUUUUAAUUUUUAGUUAAUUAUUGUUUUGCGUCAUCUUUUUCCUUCUUUUUGGGAGUAGACAGUUUCUCAAAAAUAAAGUUGAAGAGUAAAUUACAGGGUUUAAUUU